GGCUGCGGCGGCCGUUGCCGGUUGGGUCUCUCCCCGCCGCAGGGUCCGUCCCCGCCCGGCCAUGGCUGUCCGCGCCAGCUUCGAGAACAACAACGAGUUGGGCUGCUUCGCUAAGCUCACCAACGCCUACUGCCUUGUGGCCAUCGGCGGCUCCGAGAACUUCUACAGCGUCUUCGAGGGGGAGCUCUUCGGGACCAUCCCGGUGGUGCACGCCUCCAUCGCCGGCUGCCGCAUCAUCGGCAGAAUGUGUGUGGGAAACAGACAUGGACUGUUGGUCCCAAGUAGUACAACAGACCAAGAGCUUCAACAUAUCCGUAAUAGUCUUCCAGAUUCUGUACGAAUUCAACGAGUGGAAGAGCGUCUAUCAGCACUGGGCAAUGUCACUACCUGCAAUGACUAUGUAGCUCUUGUUCAUCCAGAUCUUGACAGGGAGACAGAAGAGAUCUUGGCAGAUGUACUGAAGGUUGAGGUUUUCAGACAAACGGUAGCAGAUCAGGUGCUGGUAGGAAGCUACUGUGUUUUUAGUAACCAAGGAGGAAUUGUGCACCCCAAAACUUCAAUUGAUGAUCAGGAUGAACUGUCUUCGUUGCUGCAGGUCCCACUCGUGGCUGGAACAGUGAAUCGUGGCAGUGAGGUCAUUGCAGCAGGAAUGGUUGUAAAUGACUGGUGUGCCUUCUGUGGACUGGAUACAACCAGCACUGAGCUCUCUGUCAUUGAGAGUAUCUUCAGGCUGAACGAAGCUCAGCCAAGUACCAUUGCUACCAACAUGAGAGAUUCCUUGAUUGACAGCUUGACAUGAGCAGUGAUGGUUCCUACUUUCCAGAAAGUUCCUAAGGAGUGAAGUGUCAAGCUGCGCUUCGGAUUACAGACAUCUAGACCUUCUGAUGUUGUUUCUGCAGGCCUCGCCCAAGGAAGAGGCUACAAACCCAACUUUUUGUAGUGUUUUAUAAACUAAAUAUUAUUAUAAAAAAUGACAAAUAACACACUUAAGUUACAAAUAAGGAAUGCUCUCUAUCCCUCUGCUGACGUUUUCCAGUUCUUCAGCUGUGCUUUCUCGUUUUGUGAUGCUGACUGGGCCCCUCAAAUUAGCACACAAUAUUUACUCUUGUGGCACUUGGAUAUUGAUCACUAGAGAUUAUUUUGCCUUAAAUAAUGCAUCAGUGUUCUGCUGCACAGCGGUCUGUUUCAGCACAUAUAUGGCACUGCCCUCUCAUUCCAUACUCUUGCUAGAGUGGUGUUUCUGCUGUAGAUAGACUUGUCCCUUGUAUGUCCAAUACCAAAAAUACAGUAGUUUACUUGCCACAGAAUAAUUCAGAAGUCAUCACCUGCUCUCUUGCCCUGACUUGCAGCUAAUCCCACAGGGCCGGUGAUUCUGAAGUGAUCAGCUGUGAUUAAAACCAGAGUUUCUCAAAUUCAGUCCAGGGGCUUCUGACAGCAACAGUGUGUGACUGCCUCUGGAACAGUGGUAUUUGAUCUGUUGUCUGCAGAUGCCUGGUGGCAUGUGUGCUGCUUCUGAGGCAUCUGCCAGAGACAGCCUAGAAAAGCAUGCUAUUGCCAGUGGGCUUAAAUUUGUUCUACAGGCGUUAGCCACCUACGCUGGGAAACUCUUAGAAGUCAGCAAAUCAAAAAAGAUUUAAACCACCUCAUCUUGAGUAGUCUUGGAGACAAAGGUUAAGUAACACAGUUCUAACCAGUUACCCCAGUCAGAUGUUACAGGUUUGCGAGCUUGCUAAUUAAGAGCUCUGCCCUUGUCAGGGAGUGAUGAUAACAAAAAGGAGCUGUAGAUACUGCUUUCAGGUAGAAGAUAGUAAUUUGCUUCUGAACAGAGCUGUUGCUCACAGAUCUCUCAUUUCAGUUGCUUUUCUUUUGCUUGCCUGUUAAAGGUUUACUGAAGGCAUAGAAAUGCCUCCACUUCUCAUCCUAAGGGUAUGUGGAAGCUCCUUGCUUGCUUCUACACCACUGCAUCACUCUCAGCUGGGUUCUCUUGAGGAGUGCUGUGCUGAAGGCAGUGUGGGCAGAGCUCUUUUUUUUGGUCUUGGCAACUUCCAUUUUUGUUUCACUGUCUGGAUGUUUAGGGAAAGUUUUAUAACUUUUGGUUGAUUAAAGGUUGCACCUUAAACUUUAUUUAAAUGAAGAUUGCCAAAGGAUCUUCUCUGAUCAUAAGAGUCCUGCCAUCCGGUCUGUCUAGAAUGGUAACUGAGCCAGGGGCUGCCAUUUCCAGACAGCUCAUCUUCUGCCAUUAGGGAAGCCUGUAAGCAGCUCAUGGCUCCUUGCUACUACGGCUAACAAUUUUUGGUGUUUAUGGCCCUUUCGAUACAGUGGACUACCUUUCUUGGAACUGACUCCAGGUCUCCUCCUCUUAACAUAUCUCAGUAUUUAGCGUGAGAAGCUGCUUUCCUUUGGCCACCUCACAGGGUUCUGUUCUUGGGUAUAAAUGGCAGAGUCUGACUAUUGCUAUCGGUGUUAGCAUGUAUUUGUCAAGUGUGAAAUAAGUAAGGCUGAACUUUUCCUCUGCAACUUCUGUAACUUGUUUUUUUUUCAUUCCGGUUGGUAGGCAGGAAUCCUGGUUUAUAUUGGUGAUCUUGAUUGUGUCUUAUGUGUUAAAAAUUGCUUAGAGGUAAACAAGAAAAAUAAUCAAGUCUCUGUGUAGUCCAAAUCCUUAAAUAGGAAAGAUACUGUUAGAGUGUUGGGGGUUGUGAUAUGCCAAAGAGGAUGAGAGACAGACAGCAAAAUAGGGUAUUGCUAACUGUGGUUGUGAGCCUUACAAAAAGUUGCAUUGAAGCUUGGGAACUGGAGCGUGGCAAAUGUGAUACCUGUUCUCAACAAGGGUUUGUGGGAAUUCUGAACUAGUAAACUGGACCUAUGUACAAGGAAAACAGAAACUAUAAUAAAGAAUGGAAUUAGUAGAAACGUGGAUACAUGAUACCAUGAGAGAGUAUAAACUUUGUGUUUUAAUGGCAAGUCAUGUCUUACAAGACCUGUGGAGUGCUUUGACUGAGUCCACAGGGGUAUGGAGGAGGUCUGUUGCAAUGGUAUUUGUAUUUCCAAAAGGCAUUUGGCUGUUUUUUGUGCCACAGGCUUUUAAGGACCCUGGGUGAGUGAUCCCAUGGAAUGAGAUGGAAGCCCUUUUACGUGCUUGAGGAUGGGGGGAAAAACUCAGAGUAAAUAGUUAGAUUUUCCAGGAGCUCUUCUGGGAGCCACGAUGUUCAGUGUUAUUGUGUCCUGUUUAGGAAAGGCAGUGGAUUAGCGCAGGAAAGUUUGCCCAUACUGACUUAUUCUGACUAGUAAGGAUGAGGACUGACUGAUGCAUUGAUAGAAAGGUAAAUUCAGUGCAGCUGAACAUGAAGUGAAGCAUGUUGUAGUUAAGAAUCCAAAUUUCACACCUGUAGUGAUGAACUCUGAGCAGUGCAAGAGCAAAUUCUUGGCCUGAGGGUAAGUAUUUGAAUAAAGACAUGCUCAGUCUUCAAUAACAGUCAAAAAGGCAAACUGAAUGUUUGGAGUUAAUUAGGAAAAGAAAGCCCAAACAACACAUCAUUAUCUGUAAAUCCAUGGCACAUCUUUAUAUGGAGUACUAUGUGUAGAUUAGAUGCAAGUGUUGCACAGUGGUUGCCAAGCUUUUCUGCAAAUACAUAUUUUUGGGUAAUGCUUAUUUUCUUUGUUGUUCAUGAAAUUUUGGUUCUUCUGUAAACUAAAAACUCCGAAAGAAGCCAGGGGAAAGGAGUGAGAUGCUAUUGCUGGUUACUUCCCAUGAGAACCUGCCUAGGAGUGUCAGAGCUUGCAGGUGCAGGGCCAGGAGGAUGAGACCAUGAAACAGUAAGGGAGAAAUGACAGCUUGGGUGAAGGGUUACAGAAUGGCAGAAUUACAGGUGGCAGGCCCUUGGCAUUACACAGCUCAAGGCACUUAAAGCACUGUGCAACACUUGGCUGACCCUUUUUAUGUUCUUUAUCUCAAAGGUGGCACUCUCCAGUGGCAAUGCCAAAAGGUGUUAAGGAACAGUCAGUGAAAUAAAGUCAUAUGUCCCCAGUGCUGGGUAUUGCUACUAUGGGUUCUCAGGAUUCUUAAAAAUGAAAUUGCUGAACUGAGGCUGUGGGUUAUAUACAAUGGCUAUAGAUCACCUUUGCUAUCGGGCAGUGGAAGGCAGCACGUGACUUCAGGUAUUACAAAGGGUUGUAGGAAUGAUCUGAGGAACUAUAGCUUACUCCAGCUGUGCUGGACAAGUAAGUCUGCUGGUAUGAGAAAGGUUGGAAUCAAGCUCUGGGAUGAAUGUGACAGGAUAGAGAAGAGUUCUCCGGGAGUUUUGAGGGAGGAAUGAAUGUCUCGCAGCUCAAGGUUCAGUGAAGAAGUCAUAGGGUGUGUAGCUUUGGCUGCCAUAGCAUGCUCUAAUGUCCAGAAAGUUUUGUCAGGAUCCUUCACAGGUUUUUAAAAACCUGAGUCCUCAUGAUGUGAGAUGGGAGAUCCCCUUGAGGUUUAAUGACUAAUUAUAUGUUAGGAACAACUAAUCACUCUAAUGGUAGAGAACCACCUCUGUUCUGACUGUCGUGAUUGUGUAUCCCAGCACAUUUCUAACUUGCUUGGAAAAAUGAGCCUACUUUACUGUUGAUGAAAUUAUUCAAAGUGGUCAAAAAAUGAAGGGAGAAAAAAAAAAAAGUAGAAGGUCAAGUGCAAUAUAGUGUAUGUAGUGGGCUGCUUGAUGCAGGGGCUGCAACUGCUGUGCUCAAGGUAGAGGUGUGCCAGGACUCCCCUCCGGCUAUACAAGUGGCCCGUACUGCAGGGUGGUGUGUAUUGUGCCAGGGGCACACCUAGAAGAGCCUUUUGCUUGUGGGAUUAGUCGAAGCAGCACUGCUGUUCCCUGCUCCUCUGUGGUGGCAGCAUGUCCUGGGGCUGCAUUUCUGGACAGGAAGUAGAACAUGGCCACCUGUCCGUGGAGGUGCUUUAGCCAUGCUGAUGGGAGGCAGACCGAGUCGAUAAUCUGCUGAUCAGGUGCUGUGUUUCUGUAGCAUAAUACAGGAUCCCAGCAAAGAGCUCGGGUGUGGGAAUAUGAAGAAUCCCUUACACGAAUACUGAUGUUUGUGCCUGGAUCUAGGUCACCACAGGAUGGCAUGGGUGCUAAUCUUAACAAAAGAGACAUGAUAGCAGCAUGAAUGGGAUUGUACUUGGGGGAAGUGGGUCAGCUGCUCAGCUACCUGUCCCAGCGCCAACACGUGUAACUGCAGAGGGCUGUUUCUCAGCCCCUUAAACACCUACACAAAUACCUCACAGCCCUGGAAAGCUCAGAUAUGUAACAUCUGCACCAGGAGCCAGUUACAAAGCAGUUAGAAAUAGUUUGGUGCCUUUUCUCUGUUUCUUUGAAGCAGUAGGUCUUUGAGGAAGGCUGAAUUUUGGCAAUAUAGGGCAAGUGGCUUGCCUUAUUGCGGGGGGAGGGGGGGGCCGGGCUCUGCAAGGCAAUACGCAGCU